UGUGGAGAUCCCCAGAUUCUCCAUUUUUCGCAUGCACCCCAGUUUAAUUUCUAUGGAGUAUAUGCUAGUCAUAUGAUGAACUGCAGAAUAUAUAACUAUCUAGAUCCAUCACCCAUGAAGACUGCGUUUUUUCCCAGAUUAUGGAACUCCUCUGAACAUCACUUUCUCUCCUCGCUCUCACCAUGUCUUCUUCAGACGCCAUUGAAGCCAAUGAUGACUCGCAACGAAAGCCAUCGUUGGUCCAUGGCAAACAGGCCGCUCAACAGGAGCAGUCUAUGACCCUAUGGCAGGCAAUCCGUCUCUACCCGAAAGCCGUGGGAUGGUCGGUUCUACUGUCCUCUACUCUCAUCAUGGAAGGCUACGACCUGGCCCUUCUGGGCUCAAUGUAUGCCUCACCAGCCUUCAACCAGAAGUUCGGCGAGCAAGCAGCCAACGGCAAAUGGACCGUUCCAGCCUCCUGGCAGUCCGCAUUGUCCAACGGUGCCCGAGUCGGCGAGGUCAUCGGACUCCUGAUCAAUGGUCUCAUCUCCGAACGACUAGGCUACAGGUGGACCAUGGUCUCUGCAUUGACGGCCAUGAUGGGAGUAAUCUUUCUGUUCUUCUUCGCAGUCAAUAUUCAAAUGCUACUAGCAGCCGAGAUCCUCGCCGGUAUUCCCUGGGGCGUCUUUCAGACCCUCCCCGCAGCCUACGCCUCAGAGGUAUGCCCCGUCGUACUACGCCCAUACCUAACAACCUUCAUAAACAUGUGCUGGGUCUUCGGGCAAUUUGUCGCCGUCGGUGUAAACCGCGCCUCAAUCCAGCGCGAAGACCAAUGGGCCUACCGCAUCCCCUUCGCCGUGCAAUGGGCAUGGCCCCUGCCCAUCCUAAUCGGCUGCCUCUUCGCGCCGGAAUUCCCCUGGUGGCACGUCCGCCGCGGCGACAUCUCCGGCGCAAAGCGUGCCCUUCAAAGACUAACCUCAAGCGACCCAACCUUCGACCCAGACGCCACAAUCGCUAUGAUUCAGCACACUGACGAACUCGAAAAGUCCCUGACAAAAGGAACAAGAUACACAGAUUGUUUCAAGGGUGUCAAUCUCCGCCGGACAGAAAUCGUCUGCGGCGUCUGGCUCGUCCAAACCCUCUGCGGCCAGAACCUAAUGGGCUACUUCGCAUACUUCUGCGUGCAAGCCGGUCUCCCCACCGUUCGCUCCUUCGACCUCUCCCUCGCACAAUACGCCCUCGGCGUCCUCGGCACACUAGGGUCUUGGUACCUUAUGACCGUGGCAGGCCGUCGAACCCUCCACCUCGCAGGUCUGUCCAGCCUCUUUCUCCUCCUAGUAAUAACAGGAAGUCUCUCCUUCGCGCCGGGCGAAAACAGCGCCGCGAAAUGGGCUAUCGGCGCCAUGCUCAUCAUCUUUACAUUUUGCUACGACUUCACCAUCGGACCCGUGACAUACUGUCUCGUCUCGGAGUUAUCCUCGACAAGACUCAAGGCUAAGACCAUUGUGUUGGCGCGCGCUGGGUACAACGUGAGCAAUAUUGUGGUCAAUGUGCUUACGAACUAUCAGCUGAAUGAGACGGCAUGGCACUGGGGGGCUCGCUGUGCUUAUUUCUGGGCUGGGACAUGCCUGGUUUGUUUGGUAUGGUCGUUUUUUAGGAUGCCGGAGCCGAAGGGGCGGACAUAUGAGGAGCUGGACGUUUUGUUUGAGAAGAGGGUUUCUGCGAGGAAGUUUGGAGAGACGGUUGUGGAUCCUUAUGAGGAUGUUGUUGAAGUUAGGGAGGAUUGUGCGAAGGAGUAGGCGUUGUUAUAAGCUGUGUAUAUAUAUUCUGAGGAUUAAUGUAGGAGGCGUUCAAUGAGUGCUAGGGCUGAAGUAGGCGUAAGGUUGGGGUACUACGGGAAUAUUGGAUUAUGA